UAGACAUAAUGAUGCAGCACCUGUUGUUUAUACACUGUCACCAGAGGCAUUUACCUACUUUGCAGAGAAGGAGAAAGAGUUGGUGGAGGCGCAAAACAAGAUUUUCUGUGGGGGGCCUUCUGAGCACCUUCCACAAAAUAUAUCAAAGGCUGCCAAGCUCUUUCUGCGAUUGGCUGUAACACUUCAUGUGUUUAUUCACCAAAUGUCGAGGUCCCUUGGAAUGCCAUCAGCACCAGUAAUACCCACCGUCAUUGGUGUCACGACAAUGAAACGUGCAUUUCAUCUAGGAAGUUGGUUCCUAGACAACAGAAAUAUCUUAGAGAAGAUUGUCAGCAAUGGAAGAACACCUGACUCAUUUGGUACAGCCAAGAAAAUACUACAAGYGCCAGGUCCCUUUGUGACCACACGGAUGAUGUGCAGAYUGACACAUACAAGCACAGCAGCUGUAAUGGCAGCUAUGAAAAAGCUUGAAAAGGAAAAGCUUGGGGAGGUCAAUGUUGAUCUCAAUUGCUUUUUCAAGCAACCCCCCAUCCAUGUAAAUGAAGCUAAUUUAGAGCUAUAUGGUAUGGACAUCAUUUCUUAUACCAAUGAGUUCAGAAAGAGGAAUGGCCUCUCUGACAAUCAGUGGUCCACCCUUUUGUUAAAUGCCCCACAACAGGUGGAAGUAGCAAGAUAUUUCCAGUAACUCCAACACUUUUUUAAUACCAAUGAAUUUUAUGGAUAUGAAUGGAUACAUUGUAAAUACAUGUCCUUAGGUAAAUUAACGGUUUUGUUCAUUAUCCAGCUGCAUARACCAUUGGUACCAGACGAUCUAAAUUUGGAUAUAAUGCUUUCACAUUGCAUACCUUCAUUUUCUAAGGUUAAUGAUUUCUUCAUCAAAAGAAAUGGCUAUUAUGAUAGAUUUUAUUUAGUAACAAUGAAUUUCAUGGCUAUUAAUAGAUAAACUGUAAAUACAUGUCCCRAUGGUUUUGUUCGUUAUCCARCUUGAWAGGYCUUCUGAGCUUGGAUGUAUAGAGGAUAUUACAUGGGCGCACAGAGAUACGAAUUUUAUCUUCGUUCGCUGCGCUGACUCAUGAGAUAUCAAUUGAACAUGAGAAGAUAAAAUUCGUACCUCCGUGCACCUAUGUAAU